ACGUAGCUUCUCAGGAUUGAGUUGCACUGCAUAGAGUUAAAGCUACAUUCUCUUCUCUCUCUCUCUCUCUCUCUCAGCAAAGAGAGGAACUGUGGAAUACCGAGAAAUGAGAAGCCUUUACAGUUAUUUUCUUCUCUGUAUUUCCCUCAUUCUUCUACUAAUCUCUACCACCAUCAAUGGUUACAGUAAUCUUGAAGUUCUGUUGAAGCUCAAGUCUUCCAUGAUUGGACCCAAAGGUUCUGGCCUCCAGGACUGGGGAUCCUCUUCUUCUCCGUCGGCUCAUUGCAAUUUCUCCGGCGUUAAAUGCGAUGAGGACUCCCGUGUUGUUGCUCUCAAUGUGUCGUUUCAUCCUCUAUUUGGCUCCAUUCCUCCGGAGAUUGGGCUUUUGAACAAGCUGGUGGACCUCACUAUUUCAAUGGUUAAUCUUACUGGGAGUAUUCCAGUGACGAUGAGGAACUUGACCUCUCUCAGGAUAUUCAACAUCUCCAACAAUGCUUUCGAAGGGGAUUUCCCUGGAGAAAUACUAACAGGUAUGACUCAGCUUGAGAUUCUCGAUGCUUAUAACAAUAACUUCACGGGUCGUCUUCCCCUUGAGGUGGUGAACCUGAAAAAUCUAAAGCAUCUAUGUUUUGGAGGCAACUAUUUCACGGGAGAGAUACCGGAGAAGUACUCUGACAUCCAGAGCUUGGAAUACUUGGGUCUAAACGCCAUUGGUUUGAAGGGUAAAAGUCCUGCAUUUUUAUCUCGUCUAAAGAAUCUGAAACACUUGUAUCUUGGAUAUUUCAACUCCUACGACGGAGGAAUUCCUCACGAGUUUGGAUCAUUGAGUCAACUCCAACUCCUCGAUAUGGCAGCCUGCAACCUCACCGGCGAGAUUCCUGCGAGCUUGAGCAAUUUGAAACACUUGCACACGUUGUUCUUUCAGCAGAACAAUCUGACGGGCCAUAUUCCUCCUCAACUCUCCGGUUUGAUCAGCUUGAAAUCGCUUGAUCUUUCCAUAAACGAGCUAACAGGGGAGAUACCCUUGAGUUUCUCUGCCUUGCAAAACAUUACACUCAUCAACUUGUUUAAAAACAAUCUCUACGGUCCAAUCCCAUCAUUCGUUGGUGAUUUUCCCCACCUCGAAGUGCUUGAACUGUGGGGGAACAACUUCACGCUUGAAUUACCGGAGAACCUUGGCCGCAACGGGAAGCUUUAUAGGCUUGACGUUGCUUCCAAUCACCUCACUGGGAACAUACCACGGGACUUGUGUAAGGGAGGGAGGUUGGAUUGGUUAGUUCUGAUGGAUAAUUUCUUCUUUGGUUCACUCCCUGAAGGACUCGGUGACUGCAAGUCUCUUACCAAGAUUCGUAUCAUGAAUAACCUUCUCAAUGGAUCAAUUCCGGCUGGGAUUUUCAACUUGCCCUUGCUGACUAUGUUCGAGGCCGACAACAAUUUCUUCUCCGGUGAAUUCCCAUCCCAAAUGUUGGGUGCUUCGUUAAAUCAGUUAAAAGUUUCAAAUAAUAAGAUCACUGGUAAAAUCCCUCCAGCAAUCGGUAAUUUGGGAUCUUUGCAAAUUCUAUCUCUUGGAAUGAACAAGUUUUCAGGUGAAAUUCCUGAGGAAAUCUUUAAAAUCAAGCUACUUUCAAAGAUCGACCUCAGUGACAACAAUCUUACUGGUGAAAUCCCUCCUUCGAUCUCUCAGUGUGCUUCACUUACUGCAAUUGAUUUCAGUCAGAACAAUCUCAUUGGUGAAAUUCCAAAAGGGAUUAAAAAUUUGAUGGAUUUGAGCAUUCUCAAUUUCUCGAGAAACCAGCUAACCGGUGAAAUCCCUGGUGAAAUCCGAGACAUGAUAAGUCUCACAACCCUUGAUCUUUCUUUUAAUAAUUUCAUUGGUAGAAUCCCCACCGGCGGCCAAUUUUUAGCCUUCAACGGCAGCUCGUUUAUUGGGAACCCCAAUCUCUGUCUACUGCGCCGCAGUACUUGUCCAUCUUUAAUGAACCAAGCUAAAGGUUCAGGUCAUGGGCAAGCAGCAUCUUUCACUGCUUCAAAGCUCAUUAUCACAAUCAUCACGCUAAUCACAGCUUUGUUGCUGACGGUCGUCACAGUGUAUAGAAUGAGAAAGAAGAAGCUCGAGAAAUCACGAGCAUGGAAGCUCACUGCUUUCCAAAAGCUAAAUUUCAAAGCCGAGGACGUGCUGGAUUGCUUGCAGGAAGAGAACAUUAUAGGGAAAGGUGGAGCUGGGAUCGUGUAUCGCGGUUCCAUGCCAGAUGGUCUCCUUGUUGCAAUUAAAAGGUUGGUGGGUCGUGGAACUGGAAGACGCGACUACGGGUUCUCGGCGGAGAUUCAAACUCUGGGCCGAAUCAAGCACCGGAACAUUGUGAGACUGUUGGGUUACGUAUCGAACAAGGACACGAAUCUGUUGCUGUACGAGUAUAUGCCCAAUGGGAGCUUGGGAGAAAUGUUGCAUGGGUCAAAGGGUGCUCAUUUGCAAUGGGAGAGGAGGUAUUCAAUUGCCGUGGAGGCUGCCAAGGGACUGUGUUAUCUUCACCAUGAUUGCUCGCCCCUGAUUAUACAUAGGGAUGUGAAGUCCAACAAUAUACUGCUCGAUGAAUAUUACGAAGCUCAUGUUGCUGAUUUCGGCCUGGCUAAGUUUUUGCAGGAUGCUGAUGCCUCCGAGUGCAUGUCCUCCAUUGCUGGUUCCUACGGCUACAUCGCACCAGAGUACGCUUACACACUGAAGGUGGAUGAGAAAAGCGAUGUGUACAGUUUUGGUGUGGUGCUGCUGGAGCUGAUAGCAGGAAGGAAACCCGUGGGGGAAUUUGGAGACGGGGUGGACAUUGUGUGGUGGGUCAGGAAGACCAUACCACAACACGCUGAUCCUGCUUCAGUGUUGGCAAUUGUAGACCCCAGGUUGAGUGAGUACCCAUUGACGGGUGUCAUCCAUCUGUUCAAGGUAGCCAUGAAAUGCGUCGAAGAGCAGAGCUCUGCUAGGCCCACCAUGAGAGAAGUUGUGCACUUGCUCACCAAUACUCCACAGUCUACCCCAAGGCCAUGCCUACUUUCCACUUGAUGCUCAUUGCAUUUGGUCAGUCUUCAGCUCACUGGCCGUUGUAGUAAAAAUAAAAAAAAAAGAACAUAGGAAACUGUAAUAAUUUUCUAACCAUGCAAGGUUUUGGGUAUUAGAAAAAUGUCACGUUGACCUUCCAUAACGGGGGAUAAUUGUGUUGUGUGUUCAUUUUCUUAUAUUUGUAAUCGUACCGCUGUUAUUGCAUACUUUUUGUACCA